UAGGCGGUAUGGAUAUUGUUCCCUUUGCCUUCUCAAAGAAGAGAGAGAAUCUUUAAAAAAAAACAAAAAAAAAAACAAACCUUGUUUGUAAAUAUUGUGAAACUAAAAGGUAUUUUACAUAAUUUCACCAUGUGUGAUGGGAAUAAAUCGUCACUACGAAUAGAUUGGUUUGACGGCACAUUGGUUGCAGCCAGCAGCAGCAAUUCAAAUGUUAUCACAGCUUCAAAUUUUGAUGACGAAGACCAACCUCAGCAGCAAACUCAAGUAAAGCCUCAAUAUGUUGAGAAGAAGCCCAUUGGCUUUAACCGGCUCCAACAAAUAUCUUUAUUGAAAGGAUUUGCUCUUACCUUAGAAGUGGCACAUAGACCGGGCUUUUGGAUGCUCUUAGAUAUGGAACUUAAAGGAGACUUCAUAGUGUUAAUAGUGGAUGUUUUGACUAAUAUCUACAACUCUUUAGAGCCCUAUGAGAAAUCUAGAAUCUCAACUCUAUUAAAAACAAAAUUUGAAAAGUCUAUGUUUCUGAAGACAUUAAAUAACUAUUUGACGAAUUUGCCUUUUAUUAGAGUAGUUGAAAAAAGAAUGAACACUCACUUUUGGGAUAACCCAGAGGUUUUCUACUCUAAUGUUAUUUUAUUGUUUGAGACUAUGGUGAAUUAUGACCAGAAAAAUAUUGAACUUUUAAUUGAAAUCAAUGAUUUGUUAAGUAUUACAGAGUCAAGCAUUGUUGGUGUUAAAGAAGAACAUACAGAGAGAUUUUCUGAUGAGUUAUUUGUCAGAAUACACAAAUUACAAUGUAAACUUGGUAAUUUAAUCAACAAGAUUACUGAUGAUGAUAUUCCACAAUCAUUCAAGAUCAUCAACAAAGAUCCGAACAGCUUCAGAAACCUUUCAAUAUUCCCAACCAGGGGAGACUUACUUGCAAAUAAUCAACUUUUAAUUCAACCAAAUAUUGUUAAUGGUGCUUACCCAAGUGUUGAAACUUACCUUGAUUUACAAUUUAAGUUGUUAAGAGAAGACUGCUUUGGAGCUCUAAGAGAUGGGAUAUGUAGUUUUAUUAACAAUCCAUCAAAGAGAAGAUACGAAAAUAUUAGAGUACACCCAAAGGUCCGUGUAAUACAUACAUUUGUGAGUAACAACAAAGUGGGUUACCUAGUCGACAUCGCUUGGAAGCAUCGUAAUAAUGAUUCAGAGUUUGACACCAAAAAGUUUGCAUACAACAAACAGCUGAUGUUUGGUUCUUUACUAUUAUUUACAAAUGACAACUUUGACACUAUAUUGUGUGCUACUGUAUUGGAUUCCAAUUACAACUUACUUUCUGAUGGAUAUAUAGCAGUGUCAUUUGAAAGCCCAGUGUCUAAGAAAAUCUUCUUAGAACCUUACCUCAUGGUGGAAAGUGAAGUGUUCUUUGAACCCUAUCACAGGGUACUAAGAGUUCUGCAAACAUUCAAAGAAAGUGACAUGCCUAUGCGCAAAUAUAUUGUUGAUGUUCAGAAUGAGACACUCCCACCUUCAUACUUAAAUGUAGACACUAUUUACAGCAUUACACACACAAAAAUUUCAGAAGAAUUGCAAUUCAAUGUACUCAACCACGAUAGUUGGCCAGAAAGCGAAAUCUUUGAACUGGAUGAUUCACAGUUAGAGGCCUUCAAAUUGGCCCUCACCAGGGAAUUCGCUGUAAUACAAGGCCCGCCAGGGACAGGCAAAACGUUCAUAGGGGUCAAAAUCGCGUCAAUGCUAUUGAAAAAUUUGUCCUUGGAAGGAACGCCAAUGUUAAUAAUCUGCUACACAAAUCACGCCCUUGAUCAAUUUCUAGAAGGUAUACAUAGUGUAACACAAAACAUAGUCCGCCUGGGUAGCCAAAGUAAAAGCAAACUUUUGGAGGGAUACACUCUUAAUAAUCUCAGAAGUAAAGUUAAAUCAAAGUAUUCGCAUUUGUAUGGCAAGAAAAGAUCUGAAUUAGAGAAAUUAUUUAAAGGAAUGACUGAAUUGCAAACUGAAAUUGAGAAAUGUGAAAAGGAGAUUUUAACAUACAAAACAAUUAAAGCUAAUCUUGAAAUUGGUGGUAAGUUAUAUGAACUUAAGAAUUAUGAUGAAGAUCCUGUCUUGAGUUGGCUUUUUGAUGAUGUUGAACAUGGUAAAGAAACUAUGAUAGAUGAUUCAGACGAUUGGGAAAAGCAAUUUGAUGAAGUUAGUGUAGAAGAUAACAAAAUUGAAACAUGUUUCUCUGCGAAAUGGGCAUUAAAAGAAAUCGAUUCGAUGAUGAACAGUAUAAAGUAUGUGAAAGAUGUAACUGAUGACCUUCUGGAAGGACAAAAGAUGAUUGAUAAGUUUGAUACUGCAAUAAGAAAAAUCCGGAAGAGAAUCAGUUGUUUUAAGGAACACGUUUCUUUGGGCCUAACUGAAAUAACAGAAAAUUCAAUAUCAAAUGUUUCCAACCUAUACAGUUUAACAAAGGAACAGAGAUGGAAAUUAUACUAUAAAUGUAUUGGACCAAUCAAGAAGGAGCUUAUGGUUAAAAUGAAUGAGUUAUUGGAUCAACACACCACUUGCAACAAGGAAUUGGAGGAGGUAUCGACUCUGGUGGACGGUGACGUCAUGAGGACCGCCAGGGUCGUUGGUGUCACUACCACCACGGCUGCGAGGAGACACGACCUCAUGAGGCGGUUGAACUCGCAAAUAGUGAUAGUUGAAGAAGCGGCAGAAGUGUUAGAAGCGCAUAUUGUCGCAUCUCUAACGCACCACUGUCAACAUUUAAUUUUAAUAGGUAAGGAAAUUCAUUUUUUUUUAUAUAAAAUUUUCUCUUACUGAUGAUUGGCCCGUUUAAGGCCUGAUUUUUAUUACUUUUAGAAUCAAUCAAGAAGAAUUGCACCAAAUUUGCUAAAUCUCGGUUUACCUUCAACUAGAUUUAGCCAAUAAGUACAAUAAUGCCACAUUGACGUAGUAGACCUUUAUUUGAUUUCCACAAUAAAAUAGCUUAAGGCCUUUGAGUCUUUCCCCAUAAGUGCGUUAUUAUCGGUCGAUAAUAUCGAAUGCGUUAUUUCGAUAUUUGCUUUAAGUAGAUUAUGUAUGAGAACGGCUACGAAGUUACACACAUCUGCGAUAAUAACUACGCAAUAGAAGUACGCAAUAACAUAUCCGAUACUUACGCGCCUAUGGGCAGGAGGCUUUAAUCUUUGGUAUCAGAGCCUCAGAGCAAUAUAUUGAUGUUGAUUCUGACAUGAUUCUCUAAACCUAAACUUAAAUUUGACAACAGCGUAUCCUUGUCAUUCUCUAUGCAGAAUGAAAAGGAGAUACUGAUGUUAAAUUUAGUUUUAAGUUUAGAGUUUCACACCAGAAUCGACACCAUUCUGUAAGUAAUGUGUAUCCAAAUUGUAUUAUAGUGUAUUUAUCAUAUUUUUUUAAAAACUUGUAGUAAAUUAAUUUUUUUAACGGGAUUGUUACGAUAUACCUUGUUUUUAGUUUGGAAUCCUGUGGUUCGUGUGUGUAAAAACCGCAAUAAUCAAAAGAAUCUCGUGUCGCGAUCCGAUGCUGUGAAUGUUGUGUGUCGAGAACAGUUUCGAGUGAACAGUGAGAAUGUUGAACAGUGGUACGAGUAUCGAACACAAUAAAAGACUUCGUCGGAGGAUAGACCGAUAUGUCUGCCAACAACAGCCUACCCGCAAAUAUGUUAUAAUUACUCCGUGAUCAUGGCGCUUGCAACAAUGCCGAAAAUAUCGGAAACUCGUUAUAGGCAAGGUACAUGGUAACAAUCCCGUAAAUACAUUAAUUACUUAAAUGUUAGUGACCAAAACAAUUUUAUAACCUACUAGCUGACCCAGCGAUCUUCGUACCGUCAUAAAAAUAGGGUUUGAUGGUAGAAGGGUGAAAAUUUAGGGUGGACCUAUGUAUUUUUAAAUGCCAAGCAAUAAAAAAAUGACCCAAAAAAUUAAAAAUAAAUGUUAGGGGUGGACAACACUUAACACUUAGGGGUAUGAGAAAUAGAUAGUGGCCGAUUCUCAGACCUACUGAACAUGCAUAUAAAAUUUCAUAAAAAUCGGUUAAGCCGUUUCGGAGGAGUAUGGUAACUAACAUUGUGACACGAGAAUUUUAUAUAUAAGAUUAUAUAUUCUAUGUAUAGGUGAUCAUAAGCAGCUAAAACCUACUGCCGCCCACUAUAAACUUGCCAAACAGUACAAUUUAGAAAUAUCUCUCUUCGAGAGGAUGAUACGUAACGGUAUCCACGCCAGAACUUUGACGACUCAACGUAGAAUGCGGCCGAAGUUCGUAGAACUACUUGUCCCGGUGAUUUAUGAUAAACUUGAUAGUCACCCUACAGUGUACGAAUACCAUGAUGUGAGAGGAAUGGCGGACAAUUUGUAUUUUUGCACCCACGAUGUUUUAGAGGACUCUGAGGUUAGUUUACCUAUUGAUUAAUGAAAAAUAUGAGAACAUGCCAAAAGUAUUUUAAAAGUGUAAAUCAUCUUUUUUUUAUAGAAGGGCCGACAAAUGACUCCACCCCACCUGAUGUUAAGUGACGGUGAAGUUCAGAUGUCAAGAUAGCUGGUACAGCAGUGGUACCUGCCACACCAGCCAUCCUCGCCUUGCCCUCCUGCAUGUUGCUUCUUCACGCCUCUUUUAUUUUAUCUUUAUCUUACUAUUGAUACCGUUUUGUAAACUGUUAAUGGUAGCAUCAGUAUAUAGCAUUUGCGUUAAAUUGCGAUUUUUUUUUGUGUUCAA